AUGUUGCGCAUUGCGAAUCUCUUGAACAACAUUGGCGAGGAUGACAGUCAACUGCCGAAUAGCAAGACCCACGGUCAUGCGAUUGUGAGCAGGUCUGCUUCAGAACGACGAACGACGGUCAACGAAGAUCAGGAUGCGGCCAUGGCAAUGAUUGCUAUGGCUAACGAGAACGAGCACAUUGUGUCCUGCAUGGAAACUAAACCAGGCACCGUGUUUCGUUCAAACCUUGACCUGAGUGAGAUUGUUGCUCUAAAGACUGCAGGAGAAGGUGGCCACGAAGAAGUCGCUCCUAUGCUGUCAUUUUACGGGUCAUCGCAGCAGCUCAUGACCAUUAAGAACAUGAUAAAGCCAUGUGAUGUUUUACCUCAAAGAGCUGGAGUCGGCGGCAAGACGAUGAGUACACGCUUCCUUUUCUCAGAGCUGACACACCUCGGUCGUCGUAUGAAACAGAGACUCAUUGUCAAGCGCUGCUACUACAAGAAGAUCAACAUGAUUGAGACCCUGCGAAAGGAAGUCGACACUUUGAAGCAGCAAUUUUGUUUAGCUCUGAAAGCAAUCUACCAGAGAGAUGAGACUCCCAAGGCUGCCGGUUGUCGAAGAGACGUCAAGCUGCGCAAGAUGUUUAUCAGUACGUUGUUAAUCAAGGAGACACUGCGUGAGGAGCAUGUCCGUUUGCGUCAUCUUGUUGAUGAACACUACAUGAACAAUCGAAGGCGUCUUUGUCAUCUACUAGACUCUAACCACAAGGGCUUAGCCCUCUUCACUGCUGUGGUCGACAACGACAGCCAUCGUUUCGAUAAUAGCGUAUGCGAUAUCUGCAUACACCGCGCUUCAACAAGUGUCUAUCGGUAUGGAAAAAGACUGCUGCAUGUAUUAGCCAUUGCACUAUUCGCAUGUUACAGUGUAGGUGGCACGACUGCGGAACGAACAUAG